AUGAGUAAGAACUCGAAGGACAUCACCACGCCUUCUUCGUCCCAUGUCGCCAACAAAACUCCUACUCCCCAGGCUUCCAUCACCGGUGCGCCGUUUCCCGCCAUCAACAUCAACGCCGGCCAGCCGUACCCAAACCAGCCGUACCCAAACCACCAGCUGAACCAGCCGUUAGCAGAAGGCUACUGGGCGUAUCCCGGCUACGAGCCUUCGGAUCCUCAGUUUCCGGCCCAGACCCAGCAUCUGAAUCACCCUCAGAGUCAUCCUCAGAGUCAUCCUCAGAGUCUCCCUCAUAGUCACCCGCAUACUCACCCUCAGAACCAUAGUCAAUUCCCCAACCAAGUCCCUUAUGCCUCCAUGGGCUACUACCAGAGCCUACAGUCCAUUCCUGGGCAGCCAGGGCUGGCUGUUUCCUCGAGUCAACCUAUUUCUGGUCAGCAUGUUGCUGCCCAGCCUGUGCAGAAUUCGCCUGGCCAGAUACAACCUCGCUUGGUCUCUGCUCAUCCCAGGAAACGCUCUCUGACCGCUUGCGAUACUUGUAGACAGAAGAAAUCAAAGUGUGACAACGUCAGGCCCCGCUGUGGCGCCUGUGUGCGUGCUGGCAACAUGAACUGCCGCUACAGAUCCGAUUAUCCCGGCUCAGACUACUCUCUGUACGACCCAGCGCUGCUCACGAUCAUUCUGAAGCUCGAUACCGUUUUGCGGCAUCUCAAGAAUAAAGGUGACGGCUCAGACCGUGGAUCUGCCAGUCUGCUGACUCACUUACAGCAUUGCGUCUGGGACAUGCUGUUGAUGAGCAUGUUUAGGUGGAGGUCUGUGCAGCGGGUGUUGGGCAUCUCUGACUCUGACCAUGCGAACUGGACGAGAAGGCUCCUUUUGAAACACGAUAAGUCUCCCGAGUUGGGCCUCCCGAGAUCCUUCCCCAAACGGUUCGACACUUGUAACGCAUUGGAGGAUCUUCUAAGACAGUACAUCUCUUCCUUCACCAACUCGUUUUUUCUCCAUGCCCACACGAAAGUGCCCUGUCUUGACAUUGUCACUUUGCUCGAAAGCAUCGAGAUCUACACCCUCAUGCAACGAGCCAACCCAAAAACCACUUUUAUCAGCAUGCUCGAGGACUACGCGGGAAACCCUGUUCCGCAAUCAUAUAAAGACACUCUUCUCACGCUUGGAAUAGAGGAUCUGGCCGUCAGGCGCCGUGCGUUCAAAGACUGCUGUGAAUCUGUCCCGUUGAUCUUGGUGGUUUGUGCUGUGGGCAUCAUAGCUUGUCCAGUGAAGCUCGAUAAUCAUCAGCGGUUCGACACUUCCUUGGAGGAGAGUAAAUCCGUGGAAUCUUGUGGGAUCGAUUUCUCCAAAUUACCGUCAUCUAUUCCGAGAAAUCGCCGCUUGUUGAGCCGCUGUUUUAUAGAAUAUGCCUUGAUUGUAUCUUCUGUGUACCCCUCGAGCUUAAAGAGAAAUACCCUUGUUUCGGUCAUGUUCCACAUUCUACUCAACCAAUAUUAUUUGUACAACAUGGAUCCUCUUAGCGCUCACAGGGCCAUCGUCACAGCCAGCACCGACAUGAUGUACUAUUUAGAGAAGGAAAACACAAGGCUGUCUUCGAGUGAAAAGCUCAAGUAUUUCUUUGCAGAGAAACGAUCUGUGGUUGACAGGUUGUUCUGGACCUGCUUGAAGCUUGAAUGUGAACUCAGGGCAGAGUUGAGUCCUCACGUUCCUUUGUCUGGUAUCACUCAGAUAGUGCCGCCAUCGCCGUUCCUCAAAAUCCCUGAUCCGGUGCUGAUCGAUGAGCAUCUUCCAGACAGUGGCAAUCUUGCCAACAAGUAUGAUGACAAGAACUCGUGGUACUUCUUUUUAACUGAGGUGGCUGUGAGAAAAGUCGACAAUAAAUUGUUUGACGAGCUAUACUCUGUGGAUGCUGUAAGCGACAACUUGUGGGAUCUGGAAGCCUUCAUUGAGAAAGAUAUUUGGAAACUUCAAAUUAAGUAUUUGAAGCAGUACGAUGCAAUUGUCACGUCGUUAUCGCCUCGUAUCAGAAGCUUCGUUUUGCUGGAGGUUGAUACCAAUGAAAUUCAUGCCAGCAUGAAGAGGCGAGCUAUCAAGAAGAGAAACGCCCAGGAGGCGUUUGAUCCGGACAUUUUGGACAAUCUUGACGAAUUCUUCAUUGACGAAGAUUUAUUGCUUCGAGCACAAUCGGAGUCGAUCAUGUUCAUUAAGACACGAUUUCUUGCUUCCAAGAUCGCUCUCUUUCGCCCUAUUAAUUACUUGAUUCUUGAAGAUAAAGUACUGCUUGGAGAGCUUCUUGAAGCUGCUGCUGCUGUCUUGAAGCACCUUAAAACAGAGUCGGCUCACAAGGAGAUGGCUAUGCAUAACUCGCCGUUGUAUUCGGCAUCGACAGCGUCUGCAAACAACGACAGCUUGCAACCAGACAGCUCGAGCAGCUCUUCUCAAUUUGCCAACAACUUUAUGGACGGUGAAGAGGCGUAUAUCGAGGCCAUAAAGGCGCCUGACCCAAAUCGAAGCAACUCCAGUGAAGACACGUUCAACGAUAUUGUUGAGUAUGACCACCUUAAAGACGAGAAUCACCCAGAUUUCCUCAUUGUCAAGGACUAUGUUGCUGCAAGGAGACGGGUGCUUCAGUCAUUUGUGAAAAAUUUAGUCACCAUCCCCAAAGGUAAUAUCCCCAAGAUCGGUCUGCACCGCCACUCAGGAGCCUGGUAUUACGUUCGACAGCUUGUGUUGGGCAACUUAUCUCUUUUCAUGCUAUACAAGAAAGUGCAGCAGGCAAUCCAGAUGCUUGUUCAGAACAAUGCCUUUGCUGCCGGCGAUGAGGUCAUGGAGGCCCUCAAUCUUGUUUUUAAUCGUGAACUGAUCAAAGGUCUGUUGGAAUACACCAUGCUCAUGUUGAACUACUGGAAAGAAGAGAGCAAUGAUUGCGACAUCUACAUUGAGCAAAUCCAGCUCUGUCUUGAUGCGCUCUAG